CUUUGCUGAUUUUUUUUUAAGAUCCUUGACUAGUAUAUAAGGCAAAUUAAUUUAUUCUAAGUAGACAUAAUUUUCAACAUGACAAAUAUAUCGUUUCUUAUUUUUCUGGCUCUUUUUGGAUUAGCAUUUGCAAAUCCUAAAUUGAAUCCUCGUAUUGUUGGUGGACUUACGGCAAAAAAAGGACAGUUUCCUUAUCAAGUAUCUUUACAAAAUUCAGGAAUCGGUCAUUUUUGUGGUGCUUCCAUAUUAAAUGAAAAAUGGAUUUUAACAGCAGCUCACUGCACACCAGCAUUGACAGCGACUCAAUCUAGCAAUGUUGUUGUUGGACUAUUAAAUCUGAAUUCUUUUGAUAAAAACACUAAAAAACACGAGAUCAGUAAAGUUAUUAAACAUCCUCAAUUUAAUAAAAAUGGUGAUAUGCGUAAUGAUUUGGCUUUAAUCAAAAUUAGUGGCAACAUAACAUUUUCCAGUACUGUACAACCAAUUAAAUUGCCUCCAAUUGAUUUGAAUCAAGAUGGUAUACCUGUUAUUGCAUCUGGUUGGGGCAGAUUACAAGUAGGAGGUCUCCGACCACAACAAUUGCAAUAUUUAGAAAGUAAAGUUUAUGAUCAUAAUGCUUGCGUGAAACGUUUAUCUCCAAUUCCAUUUCUUCCACCUGUAGGAGAAACACAAAUUUGCACUUUUACAAAACAAGGACAAGGAUUGUGUCACGGUGAUUCUGGUGGUCCAAUUGUCGUUGGUAAUUAUCAAGUUGGAAUUGUUUCAAUGGGAAAUCCAUGUGCUCAAGGAUAUCCUGAUGUAAAUACUCAUGUUUGGAAAUAUGUUGAUUGGAUAACAACAACAAUGGAGGAAAAUUAAAUCUUUCUUUAGCAAUUAAUUUUUGUAUAUUAUUUCGACUGUAUUUUUACUUUUUUGAAUAAAAAAAAAAAAACAAAACAAAA